AUGUCAAGACACCACACUCUUUUCAACUCCAUCAACAUGCGCUUCUCCGCCUCCAUCCUCAUCGGCCUCGUCGGCCUCGCCGCCGCCGCACCCACCCUCGUCCCGACCGGCAUCACCACACCCGUCACCUCUCUCGUCGGCAGCAACGACCUCGUCGGCGAUCUGACCGGCCUCGUCAGCCAGGUCGAGCACGGCCUCGGCGUCCAAGAACUCGAGGAGAAGCUCGACGUCCUUCUGGGCUCGUCCCUCGCAAAGGUGUGGGAGAGAAGCUUACGUGAUGACAAGGUCGAGUCUGCUCUCGGACAACCGCUCGCGCAGAAGCUGCUCGGCAUGGUGCAGGGCGGCCUCCCGCCGCAGGUCGUCCAGGCCGUCGGCCAGGGCAUCGCGCUUAUCGAGCAGGGCGUCGCGGUCCAGACGGUCGAUGCGUACGUCAAGGGCAUGACGGACGGCGCUGUCACUUCCCUCGAGGGCGCGCUCGGCGUGUCCGACAUCCAAAAGGUCCUCGAGAUUUAG